CGCGACAGUCGCGUGCGGUCACGGUCAGUAUGCAGUAUAUAACGCGUAACGUACAUCAUAAAACUUGAAUUCGUUCCAGGAAUAUUCAAUAAUUCAUUAGAGAAAAGUGGCCACUCCUUUGUGCGAGCGCAGAUUAUGCAAGAGCCGAUAUCCUGCGCCAGAUUUCAUGCCAGUCUCUUAAGUCUAAAGAUCGACAAUUAUCAAGGAUGAUGCGCGUACUGAUUCUUCUGAUCGCCGCGUCAGUCACGAUAAGAGGUGAUGACGAUUGCGUGAGUCGUGUAAUCGAGCCGGGUGCCAUCGUAUGUGUCUGUAAUUCAACGUACUGCGACUCCGUGCAGGAUGUAGAGGUGAAGGAGAACCAGUAUGUCACAUAUACUUCCACCAAGAAAGGCAAAAGGUUGCAGCGUUCAAUCGGCAACUUCUCCAGUCAGCCCAUAUCCAACGAAAUUAUUCUUACAGUAGACAUUACUCAAAGAUAUCAAAAAAUAUUCGGAUUCGGCGGAGCGAUGACUGACGCCGCCGCGCUUAACAUCAGAACACUCAGCAACGAGACCCAACAAAAGCUGCUCGAAUCGUAUUAUAGUGAUAAAGGUAGCGAAUACGUCUUUUGCCGCAUACCUAUCGCGGGUACAGACUUUUCGACGAGACCGUACACGUACGACGACGUGCCCGACGAUUUUACGUUGAGCCAUUUCCACCUCGCGAAGGAGGACGACUACAAAAUGGAUUAUUUGAAUAAAAUGAAAAGCGUUAUGUCCAAGCCGGGGAAUUUGAAAAUAUUUACCACUGCCUGGUCUGCACCACCAUGGAUGAAAAAUACUGACGACAUAAAAUGGGGUGCUCUAAAAUUUGAAUAUUAUCAACGGUAUGCUGAUUAUAUUUGUAAAUUUCUCGACGCAUAUAACGAGACAGGUAUUAAGAUGUGGGGCAUAACGACGGGCAACGAGCCGUUUAACGGAAUAUGGCCGUUUUUCCCUUUCAACUCUAUGUUUUGGUCGUCCAAGACGGGAGCGAUAUUUAGUGCAAAUUACCUAGCUCCGACCUUGGCCAAGGCCGGGUACAAUCUUGUUUACAUGACGUUAGACGAUCAACGUUACGGGACACCAUGGUACCCCAAAAAGGUGUUCGAGAAUGAGAAAGCCAAGAAACUAUUCAGUGGCACCGCGGUCCAUUGGUACGCGGACACGUUUAUCUCGCCAUUAAGAUUAGACGAAUUGCACGAUAUGUAUCCGGACAAGUUUAUAUUGAUGACCGAAGCGUGCACCGGUAGUACCUUAUUCGAGGAACACAAAGUGAUUCUUGGGUGUUGGCUACGAGGGGAGCAGUAUCUCUCGGACAUAAUCGAGAGUUUGUCGCAUUGGAUUACUGGAUGGGUGGACUGGAAUUUAGCGCUCAACAAAAGCGGCGGACCGAAUUGGGCUAAUAAUUUCGUGGAUGCGCCUAUUAUUGUAAUGCCGGAGAACGACGAAUUCUACAAACAACCUAUGUAUUAUGCGCUUUAUCACGUCAGCAAAUUUGUCUCACCCAAUUCCACAAGAAUUGGGUGCACUGGUCUUGGGACCGAUAUGAGCGACCUUGUUCAGGCCAUAGCUUUCUCGACGCCCGAGAAUAAUAUUGUACUAGUGUUGCUCAACAAAGAUGAGAAGUCCUAUGAUAUCGCCAUUCAAGAUAAGGCUAUACCAGGGAAACAUAUAAAUUUGCAGCUACCCGCAAAAUCUUUCACUACGUUGAAAUAUAAAGCUAAAACAUAAAGUUGAAAUAUAAAGCUUGCGAAUCAUUAAUAUGGAAAUCUGACAGCUCAAAUGCUGAACGGGAAUAAACGUAUCUAUAAAUCCCUCCCUCUGUUAAAAAAUAAAAGAAAUCAAAACUGUAUAAAAAUGUUGGUAAUGAUAAAUUUUUUUGAGAUGUCAAGAUGGAUGGUAUGGAUUGUACAGAAUUGUACGGAUUGUACGAAAUAAAUAUCAUUUUAAAAAUUAA